ACACCCAUUCCUCGAUUUUCUCAACCUGUUUCUUCUAAUGUUUCAAUAGUUUUUUUUUUUUUCUUUUCCCCCCCUCCAUGCCAUAUUUUUUUCCCAGAAAUUCUUAAAUUUGUGGAUGUUGGAGGCUCGAUUUGGUACGUUUUUUUGAUUUAGGGUUAGGGUUUGUGUCUACUAGUCAAUGGGUUUGUUGCAUGCAAAUUGGGGUGUCGAUUUUCGUACUCUCUUCAAAUGUUUAUUUGGUUCUGUUGCAGUGAGCAACGAGCACUAGCUGUUUUAAAUUUUUUUCGCGAAACAAAGCAUUUUCAACUUUUUAUUUUCCCUACAGGACUUUGAUUUGGGGUGAAUUUUGCCUUUCCCCUCUCUCCUUUUUUCUCUUCGGCUUUGUAGUGCAUUGAAUUGGUGCUGCAUUUGCUAUCUACGAAUAGAACAAGCUGGCAUGAUGCGAUGAAGUGUAGUUAUUGGAAGUUAUUCUGACUGUAACUCUCCGAAUUUGGGGGCGGAAUGUUCAGUCCGAGCAUGGAUUCUGCGAGAGAUGCGGGUGGUGUGGCAGGGACGGUGCUAAUUCCCAUGCGCUUUGUGUGGCCAUAUGGAGGAAGAAUUGUGUAUCUAAGUGGUUCUUUCACACGGUGGUCUGAACUUCUACAAAUGUCGCCAGUGGAAGGCUGCCCAACCGUGUUUCAAGUUAUUCAUAGCUUGGCCCCUGGUUAUCAUCAGUACAAAUUUUUUGUUGAUGGAGAAUGGCGGCAUGAUGAGCAUCAGCCUUAUAUGUCUGGAGAAUAUGGGAUAGUUAACACUGUUUUAUUGGCUACUGAUCCUAACAUGGUACCUGUUUUAACUCCAGACACAGUUUCUGGAUCUAACAUGGAUGUGGAUAAUGAGGCUUUUCGACGUAUGGUAAGAGUUAGUCAGACUUACACAAGAAUAUCAGAUGUUGAUGUACAGACCUCUCGGCAGCGUAUAUCUGCAUUCCUAUCUAUGCGCACAGCCUAUGAAUUACUUCCUGAGUCAGGCAAGGUUGUUACCUUGGAUGUUGAUCUGCCUGUGAAACAGGCAUUUCACAUACUGCAUGAGCAGGGCAUUCCCAUGGCUCCUCUUUGGGACUUCUGCAAGGGGCAGUUUGUUGGAGUUCUUAGUGCUUUGGAUUUUAUUUUAAUUUUAAGAGAGUUAGGAAAUCAUGGGUCCAAUCUGACAGAAGAGGAGCUUGAAACACAUACCAUAUCAGCUUGGAAAGAAGGAAAAUGGUCAGCAUUUUCAAGACGUUUUAUCCAUCAGGCGGGGCCAUAUGAUAAUUUGAAAGAUAUUGCUUUGAAGAUCCUACAAAAUGAAAUUUCAACAGUUCCUGUUGUCCAUUCUUCUUCUGAAGAUGGUUCAUUCCCCCAGCUACUACAUCUUGCUUCACUUUCAGGAAUCCUCAAGUGCAUUUGCAGGUAUUUUAGGAAUUGUUCUAGCUCAUUGCCUAUACUACAACUUCCGAUUUGUGCAAUUCCUGUGGGCACAUGGGUGCCCAGAAUUGGGGAGUCAAAUCUUCGGCCUCUAGCAAUGUUGAGACCAAGUGCUUCGCUUACAUCAGCCCUAAACUUGUUAGUUCAAGGUCAAGUAAGUUCAAUACCAAUAGUUGAUGACAGUGAUUCAUUACUGGAUAUAUAUUGUCGAAGUGAUAUAACAGCAUUGGCAAAGGACAGAGCUUACACACAUUAUAAUCUUGAUGAAAUGACUGUUCAUCAGGCAUUGCAAUUGGGCCAAGAUUUGUACAAUCCAUACGAGCUGAGAAGUCAAAGAUGUCAAAUGUGUUUGCGAACUGAUUCUCUGCAUAAAGUGAUGGAGCGUUUGGCAAAUCCAGGUGUGAGGCGGCUUGUUAUUGUGGAAGCUGGCAGCAAGCGUGUAGAAGGCAUCAUAUCACUGAGUGACAUAUUCAAGUUCUUCCUUGGUUAAUUUGGAUUGAUGAAAAACAAGUCUGACAGUUAGUGCAGUGAUCAUGACACUGCAUUUGAUCAGGCAACAAUCAUCGGCCAAGCCAUUAAAAAGAGA